UCUGUCAAAGCACAAAAUGUUUUUUUAAAUCAGUUUGUAAGGUAUUCCGACUUAUUUUUCCUCACAAAUUGAAUUAAAAAAGUGGUGCGUUAUUAAUUUUGUGUAGUAGUAAUUAAAAACAUUGAUCGCUGCCAAGAUUUGUGACACUGUGAAACGCUUUCGGGGCGAUGUCGACCGCUUUAUUGGCUGCUAUAGCUGUUAUUUUAUGUAUUUUGUUCAGGAUUUUGAAUGUGAAUGCCCAGCCCCAAAAACCGGCGAUAUGGUGCUGUGAUAACAAAUUUUUGGACAAUAUUUUGAAGAUCUCUCCAUUAUUAAACGAUCCAUACAUUCCUACGAGGUUAUGGGGUUUCAGUGGGCACGUGCAAACGAUUCUUCACAGUGUGAUAGGAAGAGUGAAAUGUCCGUGGCCAAUGGGUGAAAGAGUUUUCCUAACGUUGUCCGAUGGUACAACGUUAACCUAUGAUAUGUAUCAACCCUUAGACACAAACUUUCCCG